CACUCUUCUCUCUACUUUCCUCUUCUUCCUUUCUUUUCUUUCCUUCUUCUUCUUCUUCUUCCUUCAAUGGCGUCAACGUUUCCACCAACACCGUGGUAAACUCCUCCCACCUGGUUCCAUGGGUUGGCCUUACCUCGGUGAAACUCUAAAGCUCUACACCCAAAGCCCCAACACCUUCUUCUCCUCAAGGCAGAAGUGGUAUGGGGAUAUAUUCAAGACACAUUUCCUAGGGUGUCCAUGCGUCAUGAUUUCAAGCCCUGAAGCUGCAAAGAAAGUGCUUGUGAGUGAAGCCCAUUUGUUCAAACCCACUUACCCACCAAGUAAAGAGAAGAUGAUUGGACCUGAAGCCCUUUUCUUCCAUCAGGGCUCUUACCAUUCCAUGCUAAAGAAGUUGGUUCAAUCCGCCUUACUUCCUUCUGCAAUCAGUGGAUCUGUCUCUGCAAUUGAGCAACUUGUACUCAACUUUCUUCCUUCCUGGGACAAUUCCUACAUUAUCACUCUUGAAGAGAUGAAGAGGUAUACUUUUGAGGUGGCAAUGCUGACGGCCUUUGGUGGGGAUUGGAACAUAAACAAAGAGAAGAUCAAAGAUUUGUAUCACACCUUGGAGAAAGGCUACAAUUCCAUGCCUUUCAACCUUCCUUGGACUCCCUUCCGAAAGGCAAUGAAGGCAAGGAAGUUUCUUAAUAGGACCUUGAUAAAGAUAAUUGAGAAAAGAAGGGAAAUUAGAGAUAAUCAAGCAGGUGAAGGGGGGAUGUUGGGAGUUCUAAUGAGGUCUAUAGAUCACAACCUAAAUCAUCUCAAUGACUCUCAAAUUGCCGAUAAUAUUAUUGGAAUCAUAUUUGCUGCUCAAGAUACUACUGCCAGCAUUCUCACUUGGAUACUAAAAUAUUUACAUGACCAUGGAGAUAUCUUAAAAUCUGUUAUUGAGGAGCAGGAGGGAAUUAAAAGAGGAUUAAUUGAAGAAAAACGUGGGCUUACAUGGGCUGAUACCAAAAAGAUGCCGUUGACUUUCCGGGUGAUUCAAGAAACUCUGAGGAGAGCUAGCAUUCUUUCAUUUACAUUCAGAGAAGCUGUGGAGGACGUUGAGUUUGAGGGGUACAUUAUCCCUCAAGGUUGGAAGGUUCUUCCACUCUUCCGAAGCAUCCACCAUUCUUCUGAUUUCUUCCCACACCCUGAAAAGUUUGAUCCUUCAAGAUUCGAGGUUGCACCAAAAGCCAACACGUUCCUACCAUUCGGUAAUGGAGUCCACUCAUGUCCAGGCAGUGAGUUGGCAAAGCUUGAGAUACUCGUCUUCCUCCACCACUUCAUCACCACUUACAAGUGGGAGGUAAUAGGGGACGACGACGGAAUACAAUACGUCCCCUUCCCGGUACCAAAACGAGGGUUACCUAUAUGGGUAACUCCAAAGGAGGAGGAUGAAGGAGAAGCAGAAAGCGAAUAUUAUUCCACAAGCGGCUAA